UGUCGCUAGAGCUUCAGCUCGAUUUCGAUUUCGAUUUCGAUUGAAUCAAUCGGAUUUAAUUAUUAUUUUCAUUUAUUAGUUUAGUCUCUUGGAGCUAAGUCCCAGAUCAGGCCAACGAUUGUUGAAGGAUCUCAGAGAGUGAAAGAGACAGAGAGGUGUGAUCGCAGCUAGAUAACAAAUCACUCUCACUGAUCCGUCAAUCUCUCUUCAUUUACAUCUCAAUCAAUUUGGAUUUCAGAAGGUAUUUUCUAGAAACUGUAAUGGAAGGAAGGAAAAAGUACAGCAUCAUUGUUCCAACUUACAACGAGCGCCUCAACAUUGCUAUCCUUGUCUAUCUCAUCUUCAAACACCUCCCAGAUGUGGAUUUUGAAAUAAUAGUAGUAGAUGAUGGAAGUCCAGAUGGAACUCAAGAUGUUGUCAAAAAGUUGCAGGAAAUUUAUGGAGAAGAACUCAUUUUGUUGAGACCUAGACCGAAGAAGCUUGGGCUAGGAACUGCUUAUAUUCAUGGUCUAAAGUAUGCAUCAGGAGAGUUUAUUGUCAUUAUGGAUGCAGACUUGUCACAUCAUCCAAAAUACCUACCAAAAUUCAUCAAGAAACAGAUUGAGACUGGUGCAAGUAUCGUUACUGGAACCCGUUAUGUAACAGGUGGUGGGGUACACGGUUGGAAUCUUAUGCGUAAAUUGACAAGUAGGGGAGCCAAUGUUCUUGCACAUACACUUCUUUGGCCUGGUGUAUCUGACUUAACAGGAUCUUUCAGGCUUUAUCGGAAAUCAGCGCUUGAAGACAUAAUAAGCCGUUGUGUGAGUAAGGGAUAUGUUUUCCAGAUGGAGAUGAUAGUUAGGGCAAGAAGAAGAGAAUACCACAUAGAAGAGGUUCCAAUUAGUUUUGUUGAUAGAGUAUAUGGAAGUUCAAAGCUUGGAGGUUCAGAAAUAGUGGAGUAUCUCAAAGGUCUUGUGUAUCUGCUGUUUACAACUUGAUGAAAUGUGAGAAGAGUAUGAUUCUUCCCAUCUUCACCACCUUAUAACUUGUCACAUUCUGGUUUGUUUUUUUUUUAUAAAGAUAGAAAUGAUAUAUAGACUACUUACUGCAAAUUGAUUCCGUUUUUUUUGGGAAGUUUUGGUUGAAUUGAAAGAUGAUUAUUGUCUUAUUUU